GUUACAAUUCUUGCUUUAGUCGGCACGGCGGAAACACGUAUAGAACACUCUAGGCUCAGAAAAAUUCGCGGUUUGGAAGACUUUUAAUAACAUGGCAGAACAAGAUACGAACGGCAGCGCCAAGAGAAGGGGAUCAAAAGGGGAGCGUCGCCGUAGCAAGCCGGACGAUGCUAAAGACGACAUAAAGAAAUUUAAAGAAAAUCUUCUGCAAUCGUUGACUAAUGGAGAUUCUAUUAUAUCGGAGAGUGGGAACGACCUAACUGUCCCACAGCAACCGAGAUCCCGUUCAGCUUCUAAAGCCAGGGAAGCGCUCUGUCUACCAGCGAAUGUUAUAGCUGAACUCGACGAUAAUAAAAUAUUUGAACUAAAAGAGGCGUUCUUACUAUUUGACAUGGAUGGCGAUGGUUGUAUCGACUUCAGUGAUCUUCGAGCCACCUUGGUCAGUCUUGGAGAUAAGAUCGAUGAGAACGCUAUACGAAGCAUGCUUACUGAGAGACGGGUAAACCAGGUUUUAAUUCUGUUCAAUAGAGUCCAGAAUCACUUGCUCGAAACUACCUACACUAUCCAUAUUACUAGUGAAAUCACUGUACAUUUCGAUGGUUUCGUCAACCUUCUUGGAUAUCGCACUCUGGAGUUGGAUUCGGAAGAAACUCUUUUAUCAGCACUGUCUCGCUGGGACAAGAACAAUAGUGGACUGAUCUCAGAAGAUAAGAUUAGACACGACCUGAUGACCUUUGGAGACAAGUUCACCGCGAAGGAAGCUGAUUAUGCUCUUGAUGAAGCUCCAUUGAUCGUACAAGAUGACGGCUCAACUAUGAUUGACUACGUAAAAUUCUGCAGAAAACUUGCAGGACUGAGGAAACCAACUAAAAUUGAAGUUAAGUAAGGACGAAGAAAAUCAUAAUUAUGUUUGCGAAUCAAUAAAG